AAAAGGUCGUCCUUGCGCAGAGAGCGCGAGAGAAAGAGGAAGAAGGGAGAUGGGGAUCAGAUUCAUAUUGAUGGUGAACAAGCAAGGGCAGACUCGUCUUGCCCAGUACUACGAAUGGCUCACCCUCGAAGAACGUCGUGCUCUUGAGGGUGAAAUUGUUCGCAAAUGCCUCGCCCGUAACGAACAACAGUGUUCAUUUGUUGAGCACCGCAACUACAAAAUCGUGUACAGACGCUAUGCCUCACUCUUUUUCUUGGUUGGAGUCGACAACGAUGAAAAUGAGCUUGCGAUUCUUGAAUUCAUACAUCUGUUAGUGGAAACCAUGGACCGACACUUCGGUAAUGUGUGUGAGCUUGACAUUAUGUUCCAUCUAGAGAAGGCACACUUCAUGUUGGAAGAAAUGGUCAUGAACGGGUGUAUUGUUGAGACAAGCAAGGCGAACAUCCUGACCCCUAUACAGCUGAUGGACAAAACAUCAUGAAGGGUUGCUUAAUUAAGACAUUUAAUUGGAAUUAAGGAUUUGCAUCAAUUUCUUGUUUCUAUCUGUCGUGCGAUAAGCCAGAACUUGCUUGAAAAUUCUACAGUGAACCUGCAAUGACUAUUUGAGUGCUUGAUUGUAAUUAUCUGUUCAUGAAAUGUCGAGUUUAUGGAUUACUUAACUUCUGCCCAAUAAAUUUGAGAUUCUUUAAUAUA